AUGUCUUAUUUUCUUCCGCAUUUAACAAAUGGAUGGCAAGUGGAUCAAGCAAUCUUAUCUGAAGAAGAUAGAGUUGUGGUUAUUCGCUUUGGACAUGAUUGGGAUCCUACUUGUAUGAAAAUGGAUGAAACUUUGUAUGGCAUUGCUGAAAAAGUGAAGAAUUUUGCAGUGAUAUACUUGGUUGAUAUCACAGAAAUGUACGAACUUUACGAUCCGUGCACAGUUAUGUUUUUCUUUCGAAAUAAACAUAUAAUGAUUGAUUUAGGAACUGGUAAUAAUAACAAGAUUAAUUGGGCAUUGGAGGACAAACAAGAACUUAUAGAUAUAAUAGAAACAGUGUAUCGUGGUGCAAGGAAAGGUCGAGGAUUAGUAGUAUCGCCAAAAGAUUACUCAACGAAAUAUAAAUACUAA